AACAUAAGUGGAUUCGAGUUAGCACUCUAAGACAAAAGUACUUACCAUCUCUGUUCAGGAUUUCUCUAAGCCCUAGUUAUUAUGGAGGUAAAUCUCCAGCUGGCAAACACCUAGUAAUCAUGCAUCUACUCUGUCCCUGUGUCUGCUCUAUUUGAUCUUCCUGCACCUAUUCAGCCAGCUGAGGCAUGGCUGCCACUGCCACAUCCAGGUUGUGUAGGUACCAUGGUGGUUCAUACAAGAAGCUUCCUAUUCCAGAAGGAAGUCUUGACUUCUUCAUGAGUAAUAGUGUCUGCACUUAUCUUCUGUAUGUUCAUUCAGUUGCACUGUUCAGAUAUUUAGUUUUCUUAAGAUUCCAAAUGAGUUCAACAACUACCUCAAGAUGAAUAGCCCUGUGCUAGAUACCAAGGAGGCUACUACAGAGAAGGAUGAACCAGCCCCUCCCUGUCCUCUAGAAUCACAGUCUGCUGCGAGUGAAUGUUGUGUCAAUGUUACAGGAAUUUUGGGAAAGCAAGCAGCAACAGAGGGCUGCAUUCCCAAGUGAAGGUGUGGUGGUCUAUGAGUCGCUGCCAUCUCCUGGACCACCCUUCGUGAGUUACGUGACCCUCCCAGGGGGAAGCUGUUUUGGCAACUUCCAGUGCUGCUUAAGUAGAGCUGAAGCCAGACGGGAUGCAGCUAAAGUGGCCCUAAUCAACUCCCUCUUCAAUGAGCUGCCCUCCCGGAGGAUCACCAAGGAAUUCAUAAUGGAGAGUGUGCAGGAAGCAGUUGCCUCCACCAGUGGCACUUUGGAUGAUGCAGAUGACCCCAGCACCAGCAUCGGAGCCUAUCACUACAUGUUGGAGUCAAACAUGGGGAAGACCAUGCUGGAAUUUCAGGAGCUGAUGACCAUUUUCCAACUUCUGCACUGGAAUGGAAGCCUAAAAGCCCUUCGUGAAACAAAGUGUUCCCGACAGGAAGUCAUCUCCUACUAUUCCCAGUAUUCCCUAGAUGAAAAGAUGCGCAGCCACAUGGCCCUGGACUGGAUCAUGAAGGAGCGGGAGUCGCCAGGAAUUCUCUCCCAAGAGCUGCGAAUGGCCCUGAGGGAGUUGGAGGAAGCCAGGAAAGCAGGACAAGAACUACGGUUUUACAAAGAAAAGAAAGAAAUCCUGAGUUUAGCCCUUACUCAGAUCUACAGUGAUCCCGACACUUCCUCACCCAGUGAUGAUCAGCUGAGCCUCACGGCCCUUUGCGGCUAUCACUAGCAAGGCCAGGUCCCAGCUGCCCCUGAGGGGAGCAGAGGCUGGACUCUAAUAUUAGGAAGCCCAUGGAAGGAGCUCAUCAGAGGCUUUAGUACCUACAGCUGCUACCCGAAGGCUGUGCUAGUUCUCCCCUCCCAUUCCAGCCACAGAAUCUCAGAGUAGUAGGACCUUUACAGGACCCAACAGCCCACUGCAUGCAGCUUUCCCAUCACACUCUCAGUAGUUACACCUCAGACUGAAAAGAUAGAGACAGGAUUGUCUGAAAAAUAUUUUCCGGGCCUGGCUCCAACCUGAGGCCUGGUUGACAUGUGCCUUGCUGGAUUAUAUGUGUUGUUUGAAAGAAGGGGCCAAUGUAGCAUCCCCCAAAAGAACGUUAGCCGGAAAUGGAAAUUAGAAUGACAGCAAUUUAAAAAAAUAUUUGGGAUUAAAUAACAAUAUGAAUUGUUUUUAAAAAUAUCCAAAGGUCAGAGUUUCUUCCUAAGCUUUGUAAGCUCCAAGUUAGCUUACACUCUACUAGGUGUAAUACAAAACUUCUGUGGGGUUUUAUCUGAACAUCCCACUGUCAAAGAUCUUGAAGUGGUAAUAGUAUGAAAAGACUAGAUAAAUUUAAUGUGGCUUAAAAUGUCAUUGUAAUACUUUUCUUUUUAAUUCACACUCUUCCAUACGGGGAUAAAUGUCACCUAGAGUAGUACCCUCACUUGUAUUCCUCAAGAAGAAUAAUAUCUAGUUUUUAUGAGUCCUGUGAUGUCAUGUUCAUUUCUAAUUUGCAGAUAGAUGAAAUGAUUUGUUUCUAUUUCUGCCACCUCAGUCAUAUACCUAUAAUGGAGAAAGUUACUGGCAUUUCGAAGGUUAAAACAUUUUGAAAAAUCAUUAGCAUUUAACACUGCUUACAUUUACAUUCGAUGCAUUUCUCAUAUAUUAGAGAAAAGGAAUCAUUAGCUGUCUUUGUUGUUGUGCAAGAACGUAAGCCACCAGUAGCUCCAAUGUAGUGUCAUUUUUCAGCUUAAAUUCUGCAAUCUUCUUUAAAGAAGGGAUAAAACAUUGCCAUCUCACUUUGAAGAUGCUUUGAGUCAGUCAACUGAUUAGAAAAGCAAAAGCAAGUGCAAACCAAUUUUUAGAUGGUUCCUGGUCACUCAGAUUUAAGAAUGGCAACAGUGUCAAUUUCAAACACUUACAGGUAUUUUCCUGUCCAUAACAUGGAAAGGAGCAUCUUGAAUUUACUCCAUUAAUUCAAAUAAGAGAAAACAGUUUUCUCAAUUUUAAAUAAGGUUUCUUUUUCUUCCUGUUUAGGGAAAUGCCCAUUAACUCUCAUGAAAGCUAAAACAUAAUUAUAAUAACAUUAAAGUUUACAGAAGCAUGAUAAUUCAGCUUCAUAGCUAAAUAUCUGCAGUGGUAAUUGUCACUUCUUGAAUCCCCAUGAAAACUACUGCAUACUGAGCAUGUAUCUUGGAAUUAGCCAUUAUAAUAAAAAAAUUAACUUUGUACAUCAUAUUUCUCACACCAGUGGAAAAUUUAGCUACAUACCUGCCCUUCUCAAAUGUCUUGAAAAGGUAAUAUUAUAUAAUAUUAGAUAAAUUUUAUUAAAAAAUAUUGUUUUAACAAAAGUCAUAUUCCUCCCCAUAAUGAGGCUAAAUGUCACCUAGAAGAAAACUUGAUUCUCUUAUAUUCCAGAAGAGGAAUUAGAAUUAAUAUUUAUAAUUUGAAUACAUUUUAAAAUUAAAUUACUUCCUAUUUAAAGUAAUUUUUUUAUAAAGUCAUUACUCUUUAUCAUUUCCAAAAAGCCAUGUUGGGUAUGAUUAAAGGUAGGUACGUCUGUACUACAUUUGUAGACUUUGACAAUGACCUCCUCAAGCUGACACCAUCUAAUUAGCUGCAGGAACAAAAAUCAGCUGGAAAAAUAUUAAAUUUACUCUUUGCCCUGCAGUGAGAAAACUGUACCCUUUCUGUACACUAAAAGCAGAAGUUCUCCCUUGGCCACCAUCAGAUUUUCCUGGCUGUUCAAAACUGCACAAUCUGCCUGGAAUGAUGUGCAAGUUACAGCAAAAGAAGAAAAAGUCAGAAUCUUUGCCACGGUAGGUCCCUUUGAUGCUCAUUUAUAGCAAAUCAACUUCAGCUAAGACCUAAUGACUGUCAGUACAUCACAUAAACAUCUAUAAUCCUGGCCCUGAAAAGAACAGCAUUGAAGAGCAAAGUAGGUUAUUAUAAUUUUUCAUUUUCUAUAUCUUGUUCUUUAUAACAUACUAUGUUGAAGGGGUCAAGAGUGGAGGAUUCUCUCUUUAAAUAUAUGGAGCUCUGAGUCCUAACCUUUUGUGCUUAGAAACCCUUUGAUAAUCUGACAAAAGCUAUGAAACUUCUCUAGGAAAAGAGAACAAAGCAUGUACAUUCAAAAUUACACAGUUUCAAAGAGUAUGUGGACCUCCCCUAAACACAUAGAUUGCUCUGUCUAAGGACCCCCAGUUAAGAACUCUUAAUUUUGAGCAUAUACUUUAUAGUCUCUUAAACUUUUCAGCAGGAAUCCAACCUAGUUCAGACAUUGCCCUAUUAACCUAUCUCUAAGAUAAAUGUCAUCAUCCUUAAAUACAGAAUUGCACUAUAUUUUGACAAGAGAUAGUUUAAUUUUCACAAAAUCCAGAUACAUUACUAGAUUGUUAUGAGAAAGCUGCUUAAUGCAAACUAGUCACUAAACUUGUAUGAACCUAUCAGAAUAUUACAGAUUUAAUAAAGUCAUUGUUCCUUUUAUGAUCAGAA